UGGAAGCGCUUUCGAUAGACCGAGUUUGUGGUCAGCAGAGAGCAGAUCGUCAUUCGCCCUGGUACACCUAAACAACCGACCCAAUUGGAGAGAAUAUUCCCGACGCCAGCACUCUAUUUGCCCAGUUCGUGUGCGGUCUGACAGCAAUGCGCGACGCUGUCUCUGCCUUGGUACUCUAGUCAACCUAGCGAAUCUUACGCUCAGCCACCAGUCCCACGUUUUCUCUCCUUUAAAGGACACUUGCCCACCAUUCCGUCCUCCGAGGCAAGCGAUUUUCUCUCCCCCUGUGCUGUGGCCUCCAGUGUCUGUUGUGCCCCCAGACGCCCACUUUCCGGCCUGAGCAUCGCUGCGGUACUUCCGCCCUUCUCCGUCAGAGCGGCCGAGAUGUCGUCGGCGCGAAAUCCAGGAGCUGUCCCUGCGACACCAAGGGUCAUCUCUCCUUCGCCGACCCCAUCAGAAGGCGGAGCCUCAUCAAGAUCGCGGGACGAUUAUUCGGCGCCUACAACACGUUCGGCAGCCCGACGGCGGCAGCGCCUUGACGAGGUUACAGAAGAAAGCCAGGAUGUGACGACAGAUUCUUCCCCUACGCAAUCGCGUCGACGCAAAUCUAGAUCCAAGGCCUCUAAACCCGAAGAACCCGAAGCGUUGAUAGCGAGAACGAAUGGCCACGCGCCACAGACCAACGGCUACCUCUUCCCGUUGUCGAAAGCUGACGGCACCCGGCUUGUCGACAGUAUCUCGCGAUCACCUUCCCCACUCGGCCUAAUUCCUCUACACACACGCUAUCGCAACUUUAUCCACCGCCACGAGAUCCCGCGAAAACUACUUCACGUCUCAAUCGGAUUCCUAACGCUUCACCUGUAUAGCCGUGGUAUCCAAACACACCAGAUCACCCCAUGGCUCUUUUCAACCCUCGUCCCAAUUGCCGCUACAGAUAUACUGCGUCACCGGUCUGAGAAGAUCAACAAGAUCUACAUCCGAUGCGUGGGGGCACUCAUGCGCGAAACCGAGGUCUCUGGCUACAACGGCGUGAUCUGGUACCUGGUUGGCGCAUAUACAGUCCUUCGCUUCUUCCCCAAGGACAUUGGGGUUAUGGGUGUCCUUCUCCUCUCCUGGUGCGACACUGCCGCCUCCACCUUUGGCCGACUCUACGGCCGUUACACCUACAGCCUGCGUAAGGGAAAGAGUCUUGCGGGUACUCUUGCCGCCUGGGCUGUCGGCGUUGUCACCGCGGCCGCCUUCUGGGGCUGGUUCGUUCCAUACGUCGGAACCUUCCCCAACGACCCCGAAGGCGCCUUUCUAUACACAGGCCGUAUCAACCUCAUACCGGACCCAGUGAAGCACCUAAUCGGUUGGUCGGUAACAUCAGCGUCCGAUGCCGAGAGCGGCACGGUUAUCACCGGCUCGUUAGCACUUGGUGUCAUGAGUGUCGUUUCCGGCAUCGUCGCUGCAGGCUCCGAAUUCAUUGAUCUUUUCGGUUGGGAUGACAAUCUCACCAUCCCCGUAUUGAGCGGCAUUGGACUAUGGGGCUUCUUGAAGGUUUUUGGGUGAUUCAAAUUGUACCGAGUAUUAUUAGAUAGACUUUCCCCACCACUAUGUUAUACGGCGAUUCCUCUUUACUUACACCACCUUCCCACUUACUCUCUCUCUACCCCCUCUCCAUUUAUUUCCCCUGUCCAAUAACCCAUGUCAGCCUAUGAUUAUACUUGCAUGCAUGCACACACAUAUACUUAUGCCUAUACCACCUAUACUAAUAUCACUACUCAACUCUUAACUGGCCCCGACCUUUACUCAGCCAUAGUCUCAAUAAAGAUAUCACGAAUAGAAAACUGGG